AGUUUCGCUUUGAUCAUGACGGACGAAACAACGCCGCUGACCGCCAGCGGCUCCGGCUCCGGCUCCGGCUCUGGUUAUGUUGCACUACCGCCCUAUCAGGGACCCAGCUAUGUCUUUCCCGGCGGCGUCUCCCCACGCGCGCGUCCUUCCAAACUGAAACAGUUCCAGUGCUGCGUCACGCUGACGUUUAUCGUCAUUGUAAUUGCCGCCUUGGGCCUGGCUCUGUGGCUCAGUGGCAGCGGUUACGAUGGCAACGGCAGCAGCAACAACUCUGGCUGGGAAGAGCCCAGCUUCUUCUUCGCCACGAAUGAGUCUGUGGGCGAGAUGCUGGCGGCUGUCAAGAGGCCCAUACCGGAUGAGCCCGAGUCGGAGUGGGCGCUGGGUAACGCGACAGUGGACGAGGGAGCGGGCGCUCGUUCGGUGAGUGCGGGCAUCAAGGCGCUGGGCGAUCGCGAGAUCCUGGAGGAGGGGCUGCAGCCGAGUGCCAUCAACACGCCCCAGUUCCGGCACUAUCGCUCCCUCAGCACGAAUCCCGAGGCGCGUAAGCUGGCGCGCCGCGGCUACGUGGAGAACCAGGCCACGCUGGACAUUGCCCAGAGCUACAACUACACCAAGCAGCCGGGCCGGAGCAACAUUGGAGUGGGACCGUUAAUAGUGCUGCCGGAUCCGCAGGUGCUGCGGCUCGACUGCGACUUCAAUGAGCGCUACAGGCGCAGCACGGGCGUCUGUAACAACAAGGAGCAUCCACGCACCUAUGGCGCCUCCAUGGUGCCCUAUCGCCGCAUGGUCGCGCCGGACUACGGCGAUGGCAUUGCCGCUCCGCGGGCGGCUCAUGGAGUCAAGCAACUGCCGCCGGCUCGCCAGGUCUCGCUCAGCAUUCACCGCUCCAGCUACGAAACGGACUCGAAUUUCACCGUUAUGCUGGCGGUGUUCGGGCAGUUCUUGGACCACGACAUCACGGCCACGUCGCUGACCACGGCCCAGGAGGGCGAGUCGAUUGAUUGCUGUGCGCGCGGCACUCUUGAGCAGCACCCGGAGUGCUUCCCGGUGCACAUCCUCGCCGAGGACCCCUACUACAGGCAGUACAACCUGACCUGCAUGAACUUCGUCCGCUCGGCGCCAGCUCCGACGGGCAGAUUCGGACCGCGCCAGCAGUUCAACCAGGCCACGGCCUUCAUUGACGGCUCUGUGGUGUAUGGGAACCUGGAGCAGCGGCAGCGGAGCCUGCGCAGCUACAUCAAUGGCACCCUCCGCAUGUUCCUCACCGACGACGGCCGCGAGCUGCUGCCCAUCUCCUCCAAUCCGGAGGACGGCUGCAAUCGGAUGCUGAUGACGCGCCAGGGCAAGUACUGCUUCGAGUCGGGCGAUGAUCGGGCCAACGAGAACCUGCUGCUCACCUCGAUGCACCUGCUGUGGGCCAGGCACCACAACUACCUGGCGCGGGGCCUGCAUCAAGUGAAUCCCGACUGGGACGACGAGCGCCUCUUCCAGGAGUCGCGCAAGAUCCUCGCCGCCCAGCUCGCGCACAUCACCUACAACGAGUUUCUGCCCGUGCUGCUGGGCCGCAACCUGAGCCAGGCCAAGGGUCUGCUGCCCGCCCGCGAGCAGCUCGAUGCGCCGGACACCUACGAUCCCCAGGUGGAUCCCAGCAUUGCCAAUUGCUUUGCGGCCGCUGCCUUUCGCUUCGCCCACACGCUGCUGCCGGGGCUGUUCAACGUGUCGCGGGACAACAGCACGCCCGAGGCCAUGGAGCUGCACAAGAUGCUCUUCAACCCGUUCUCGCUGUGGACGCCGCACGGCAUCGACCACGCCCUCCAGGCUGCCGCCAAUACGCCCGUGCUGCGCGUCGACCGCUUCUUCUCGCUGGAGAUCACCCAGAAGCUCUUCGAGGGCACAGCCGAGGACCGCGUGCCCGUUUGCGGCCUCGACUUGGUGUCGCUGAACAUACAGCGUGGCCGCGAUCAUGGCAUACCCGCCUACCCAGUCCUCCGAAGGCAUUGCGGACUGCCGCCAGUGGACACGUGGGAGCUGAUGGCGCAGGCCGUGGACAACGCAACUUUGGCCUCCAUCAGGCAGAUCUACGAUUCCCCCCAAGAUGUGGAUCUCUACACGGGCGCGCUUAGCGAGCCGCCGCUAGAUGGCGCCAUCUUUGGGCCGCUGCUCAGCUGCCUGGUCUCCGAUCAGUUCAUGCGUAUCAAGCUCGGCGACUCCCAUUGGUAUGAGCGCAAAAUGGGACCCCAGAGGCUGACCAAGCCUCAACUGGCCGAAAUCUACAAGACCAGCCUGGCAGCCAUCAUCUGCCGCAACUCCGAUGACAUUCGACGCGUGCGUCAGCAUCUCAUGGAACGUCAACGCUUGGAUGGGAAUCCCUACGUGAACUGUGUGGACCUGGAGGGCUACGACUUUGACUUUCGGCCUUGGUCGGAGGCGAACGAAGCGCCGCAGCUGCACAGAGCGAGCUUCAGUCAAGCCACCUCCCUAGUGAGAGUCUUUGGGGUGAAUAGCAAUACAAAUGCAACUCAAGUAACUGUAGCCAAUUGA